CAGCUACAACUGAAGAGGGGGAAACAUCUCAACCAGAAAAAUGUCGAUGUCUGACAUGAGCAAGGGCAAGAUCAUCUUCUACGAGGACAAGAACUUUCAGGGUCGCUCCUACGAGAGCAGUGGCGACUGUAACAACCUGUCUUCCUUCUUGAGCCGUUGCAACUCUUUCAGGGUUGAGUAUGGAUUUUUCAUGGUCUACGACCGCCCCAACUUCACUGGAAACCAGUAUUUCGUCAGAAGGGGAGAAUUUGGCGACCACAUGAGUACGAUGGGAUUGAGUGGUGGAAUUAGGUCUUGCUGUCAAAUCCCCCUGUAUAGUGGAUCCUACAGGAUGAGGAUCUAUGAGAGGGAGAACUUCGGUGGUCAGAUGUAUGAGAUGAUGGAUGACUGUGACGACAUCAUGGGUCGCUACCACAUGUCCGACUGCAUGUCCUGCCACGUGAUGGAUGGUUACUGGAUGAUGUACGAGCAGCCCUACUUCAGAGGCAGGAUGAUGUAUCUGAGGCCCGGAGAGUACAGGAGCUUCAGGGAGAUGGGAUACGGAGGCAUGAGGUUCAGGAGCAUGAGGAGGAUCACGGAUAUGAUGUAAAAUCUUUGGAAAAAAAACGAAAUAAAAUUAAAAGUAAAC